AUGAAGUUCGCUAUUCCUGAAAUAUCAUGGCAUAACAGAGAUCCAGUUUUAAGUGUAGACAUUCAGCCGAAAUCAAAUGCAAGUGAACCACUGCGGUUAGCUACCGGAGGCACAGAUUCUCAUGUCGUGAUUUGGUAUUUAUCAAAAACAAUUACCGGUUCAGUGAAAUUAGAAGUCGCUGCUGAUCUCACCAGGCAUCAAAAAGCUGUUAAUGUAGUGCGAUGGUCGCCCAAUGGUGUUUAUUUAGCAUCCGGAGAUGAUGAAUCUAUAAUAUUUAUAUGGAAGCAAAAAACUGAAGAGCCAAUAGCACCACCGUUAGAAGGAGAGGAGCAGUACAAAGAGACUUGGGUUAUACAUAAGACUCUAAGAGGUCACAUGGAAGAUGUUUUGGACAUCAGUUGGAGUAGUUCAUCGUUACAUUUGGCGUCCGGCUCAGUAGACAACAAGCUUAUUUUCUGGGAUGUGGCAAGAGGUCGUUCUAGUGCUAUUGUGUCUGAUCAUAAAGGCUUCGUCCAGGGAGUAGCGUGGGACCCUCAAGGACAGCUGUUAGCUACGGCUAGCUCUGAUAGAGUUUUCCGAACAUUUGAUGUGGGGACCAAGAAAGUGCUGUCUCGUAGUAGUAAGGCUAUCCUACCGUUCCCUAAGGAGCAUGCUCUACAUGAUGUAAAGGUCCGCCUCUAUCAUGACGACACUCUACAGACGUACUACAGGAGAUUACAUUUCAGUCCCGAUGGAAUGUUCAUUGCGGUGCCAGCGGGAAAGAUAGAACCAGAACAAGGAAAACUAGAAAUUAAACCGAUGAAUGCUGUAUAUAUUUACACUAGACACUCACUUAAAACUCCCGCGUGUGUCGUUCCGUGUGGCGAGCCGGCGCUGGUGUGUCGCUGGUCGCCAGUCCGUCGCGCGUGUAGGGCUCCGCCCCCGUCCUCGGGCCUGCAGGCCGCUCCCCGGCUGCUGCUGGCGGUGGCCACGCGCAGGUCCCUGCUGCUGUACGACACGCACCAGAGGGCGCCCGUCGCGCUCAUCUCUAAUAUACACUACACGAGGAUCACAGACCUGUCGUGGUCGUCCGACGGCCUGACCCUGGUUGCCUCCAGUACGGACGGGUUCUGCUCCGUCGUCAGUUUCACAGAGGAAGAGCUAGGCGAGGCGAUCACUAACACCGACGCCGCUAGUACAGAGCCGAUGGAAAUUGAGGAACAGAAACACAACCAGGAAACUCCCAAACAGAGAUACGCUGAGGCGAAACCGAUAGAAGUGAAGCGGAGGCCGUCCAACAACAAGAUAGACGCAUUCAUCAAGUUUAAAACUCCCGAAGACAAGUCUCCCAAGAAGAGGAAGAUCGAGAAUAUUCAGCAGAAGACGCCCGUCAAGAUGGACGUGCUCAUGGAGACCGCGCUGCCCUCCUGGUCAGAUAACUCCAGCAGUGACGUUAUCAGACCCAAGGACCCGGAGCCCACCACGCUCGGAGGAAGUGACGUCACUGUUAUAGAGGACAGCGAGGACAUACAGCUGGUGUACGACGAGACCAAGGACAGCCAGUCACCUAGGACGGAACAAGAGGAGGAGAAACUUGCUCCCAAGAUGUCUCCCACACGAGGAGACGUUGCCGACACCAACUUCCUGAUGAAGGCCAAGAUUACGGAUGUGAAGGAGCCGGCGCCCCUCCCCGCCGCGCCCAGCCCCAAGGCACCGCGGCGAGUCAACUUCGUUACGCUGUCGAGCCCUAAGAGCACCAAGAAGAAAUAA